GGACAUGAUUUGUGUAGCUAUGCAAAUGCAGAUAAAUGCGAUCUGGAUUACACAGAUAAGAGGAGACUGACGAAGAGGACCGUGCAAACUAACUUGUGUUGUCUAUAUUUGCCCGGCAAGCUUUUAGUACUGGGGUUCUGGGUUUGGUAUGAACUGGAGGUGGAACAGAAUGCUUGUUACACUGUGCACUGUUUAUUUGUAAUGUAUUAGCACCGUGUUCUUUGAGCCAAGCGCUUCGGGGAAGCCACUGUUCGCGCAGUCCCUUUGCGUGCACAAGCAAGAAAUGCGCCCAAAGGGUUCCCCAAACUCAAGGCUUAAUUUCUGGUCACCGUCAGCACUAAUGAGCAUGCGUUGCCUCCCUGUGACGGCGGUGUGAAAGUCAGUCGGUGUCCUGUGUCCAGAUACAGGUGGAGCAGCUUCUGGAGUAAGUCGGAGAGCACACGUGCAGUUGCUGCCUCGGCAAGAUGUCGAGUUUUGCCAACGUUUGGAUGGCUCGGGGAUGUGCUUUUGAGCAGGGUGUCGUGACAAGUGUGUGAUCCAACACUUGUGAGGCAAGGGUUGAUGGAUUGCAUUUAGAUUGGUGAAAUUCCAACAUGAGGAUUUCCUUUCUAAUUAUGUGCAAAGCUUUUCCACUGUCAAUGAUUGUGGCGUAUUGUCACCAUUAUCAUAAACAUAAUAUUUGUUGGAUCAUCAUCUAUUCUUAUGGUCAUUUAUCUAUCAUAAUGAUGAUAUUUAUUUCUACUGUCAUCCAUCAUUGCAUCAAACUAAUGUAAAUUUGUUGUUGUUUAAACAACGUCAGCAUCAACGGUAAUGUCGUGGUUUUCGUGCCACGAGGUAUCCCAAAGCUUCGUUUUGUUUGUUUUGUGAUCGAAGAAGAAGGCAAGAUAGAAGCGGGGUAAUAUCCGCAAGCGAAGCAAACAAAUUAUAACACAGACGAAUGGCCUACGAAGCAAAAGCUCCUUUGGCACUCGAAGGAAAUCGUUACUCAAUCGCUAACGGCGACUGUGUGCUACCCGAUGGUACUGCUGUUCAUGAAAAAGUGCGUUGUCCAAGGAUAUUGCCGAGCUGAGGAGGCAUCUGCCGCUAAUUAAUCAGUCGAAGCACUCGGGGGGUAGCAGCACACAACAAACCCACCAGCUCUCUCCCGUUCUCUCGGCGGACCACCUUGGCUGAUGAAUGCUUCUUGUGUGAAGCAGUGCCUGCAGUUGCCUGCGUUGAUUUAUUUCUCCAGCCGAGGCACUCGCGCUUCAUCAUCUGCUUUGCAAUCGCUCCCAUCAGCAUCCGGUGCCGUAUUUCUCAGAACUGGAGCUGGAGGAGCUGAGCGGGGAGAGGCGAGCGCUGGCCACGCAGGAGGGAGCGCUGUCCUUCGGGAGCGCAUACAUGCGUAGUGCGCGUGAACUUUUAAUCUGUAACACGUGAGGGCACGCGGAGGAGAAAGUUGCGUUUUUGAUAGGGAGACCUGGGUCAUGCACAGACAUGGCUCGAACUCUCUCGGUGCAGAAAAAAACAAAACAAUGCAGCUAUCAAUGUCUUGGCAUAAUACAUGUAACAAUAAGAUGUAGUAUAAAUAAUAGGCAAUCAUAAGUGUAGUGGUUCACCAUCAUGGUGAUUCAGGGUCUCAGAAUCGAUUAUUAUUUCAUUGGGAUGAAUGUAGCAGCAACUUGUGACUGCAGACAUUCAUAUUGACCCCAUUGCUAAUAACAGAAAAGAUUUCAAAAUAUAAAUUCUUACACAUGCCAUUCAAUGGCCAUGUUUCGUGAACAUCCAAUGGCCUAGGGUGGAGGCCUUCAUUCAGCACUGGAUUGAACAAGACAGAUGAUGUAGUAGUAGUAGUGGAGAGUUGUCGCUUGUGGCAUACGAAGUGAAUUGUCACAUGGGCAGUAGAGAGUGACGAGUCACUAGGCUCAUUGGCGUGUGCCUGCGCUGGCUGCGCAGGUCGCGGUCGCGGUGGUGGCGCGCGUGGUCACGGUGGCGCGCGUGGUUGCGGUGGCGUUUCUUGAAGCUGGUGCGUUAUGCUCAGAGCUGCAGAAAAGCAUCUCAAGAGAUCUGCACCCCCACCUCCGAGUUUAAUGAAAACAGAGAGAGAGAGAGCGAGCAUUCCAGAUGUCGAGAAUGUGUUUUAAAUAACAAUAACACAUUUUUUUAAAGAAAAAUAUAUAAAACAAUCAAAGCCAAAUAGGGCGCUUGACCAUAGAACGUUUUUGUGUAUUUUUGCAAUUUAUUUUUGUGCUGUUGACUUUUACAAAUUGUAUUUGUACAUCAGUGCCCAGUCACAUAAAACAUUUGAAAGGUUUUUUUCGUUUGACCUUUACUGCUUCAUGUGACGAAGAGGAAAUUAUACGAAAGGUAUUUUCAUGCAAGUGGCCACACGUUGUGAAAAUGGCCUUGAGCUGAAUGGGAUAUUACCUGGUUCUAAAUUAAGAUAAUUGAUUUGCAUAACGUGUGAGAUAGAGAGGAAUGUGGACAGCAAACAGAGCCAAAUACAUAGUGGAGAGCAAGAGAGAUUAGGUGGAAAUAAGAGGCAGAGAAACGGCACCAGCAAGACAGUGAGAACGCCAGAAACAAUGGGGAAAAGUGAGCAAGGCAGAGUGACAGAAUCAGAGACAGAGUGACAGAGCAAGAGAGAGAGGGCGAUAUGGAGAGGGGGAGGGUUGGAGAAAGGCGCAGAGACGCGGAGAGGAGAGAUAUGGUGGGCAACGCGAGACACUUGGCCCUGUUGUCUGGACCCGAAGCGAGAGGAAGUGUCGACGCCGUUAUUGCAGUGUGCUGACGGCCUCGGCCCUUGCUCUGCACGUGGCAGCCUCCUCCUCCGCCCCCUCCUUCCUGUGAGGAUGCGGGACUGCGUGUCGUGUUUCUGCCCUGGCAGGGAAGUGGGGGGUGCAGGGGCAGAGCGGUAGAGUGUGGGGGACCGACCAGCUGUGUUUUCUUCCGCGCCGAGAUUCGUGGCACCCGCAAAGUUUUCUUGGCUCGCUUAGUUUCCGAAUCUUAAAGUCUGCCCAGCCUAGGAGGCAGAGUCGUUUAUCGCCAUCCCAUUUCAUUUCUCUGCGCCGACGUUUUGCCGGGGCGGCGGGUAGCGUAAUUUUGUCGUCUCGGCCUGGAGUGCCGACCAGCCAGAGAGGCGAUCCGGGCCCCCGCGAGGUCGUGGUGAGUGGAGAAGUGGGAGCAGCGUCGGUGAGUGGGACAGAUCGCACGGCUGUGCCCGGUGCAGCGUUUCCAUCGAACCGUGAUGCAGCGAUCGCUCGCUCGCUCGGUCAUGGACGACCCCGAUAACAGCGCCCCGGCCUCCACCGGCGCAGCUCAGGGCCUCAUGAGGGCACGCGUCCCCGGGCAGCGCGGAGCGGCCGACGGGGCGAGGGGACCGGCGCGGAGCCCCCCGCUGCGGCGCUGUGCCGGCGGCAGUGACCGGGCGUCGGGGUCGCCCUCCCCCCACCGCUCGUCCCCCCACCGCUCGUCCCCCCACCGCUCGUCCCCAGACUCGGCCGACAGCGACGACUGCAAGCCCGUGCGGCCGUGCAACCCUGUGAGGGUGGAUGACGGCGACGAUGAUGACGACGAUGAGGAUGACGGGGACGACGAGGGGGGCGAUGACGAUGAGAGGGGCGGUGGCGGUGGCAAUCGCCCGGUGGCGGGGGCAAGGGUUGCACCGGCUCAUCCGGGCAGGGCGGGCGGGAACGAGGAUGCUGGCGAGAGCUUCACGUCGGGAAUCUCACGACUGCGGAGCCCGUCCGUCAAGGAGGUGAAGGAGAAGGGCUACGAGAGGCUCAAGGAGGAGCUCGCUAAGGCACAGGAGGACCUGAAGCUGAAGGAUGAGGAGUGCGAGCGUCUGUCCAAGGUGCGCGAUCAGCUGGGCCAGGAGCUGGAGGAGCUCACAGCCAGCCUCUUUGAGGAAGCGCACAAGAUGGUGCGGGAAGCAAACGUGAAGCAGGCAACAGCGGAGAAGCAGCUGAACGAGGCGCAGGGCAAAAUCGACGUGCUUCAGGCCGAAGUGACGGCCCUCAAGACGCUGGUCAUCACCUCCACGCCCAGCUCUCCCAACAAGGAGCUGCACCCUCAGCUGCAGCCGUCCGGCAAGGCGGCGCCCUUCAAGAAGGGACACAUCCGAAACAAGAGCACGAGCAGCGCCAUACUGGCGCCCAACAGCUUUGCCGAGGCCCCCGACGUGCUCUAUGCCUUCGCUCGCGAGUGCAGAGAGGUGGAUAUGCUGGCAUUUGCGGAGUUCAAGGCAUGGAAGGAUGCGCCGACGCUGGAGCACACGUGCCCGUUCCUGGAGAGGAUCUACCGCGAGGACAUCACGCCCUGCCUCUGCUUCCCCAAGGGCGAGCUGGGCCAGGCCAUCCAGAUGGCGGUGGAGAACAACACUUUGAGCAUGGAGCCGGUCGGGGUGCAGUCGCUGCCCGUGGUCAAGGCAUCAGCGAUCGAGUGCGGAGGCCCCAACGGUCGGCGGGCUCAAAUAGUUACGAAGUGUGCGCUGAGCGGGCAGUCGCGGUCCUGCCGUCACCGCGUGAAGCUGGGAGAGGCGAGCAGCCACUACUACUACGUGUCGCCAUCGUGCCGCGCGCGGAUAACGGCCGUCUGCAAUUUUUUCACCUACAUCCGCUACAUCCAGCAGGGGCUUGUCAAGCAGGAUGAUGUUCUGGGAGGUGAUGAAGCUGCGCAGGGAGAUGUCGGUGGCCAAGCUGGGCUUCUUCAAGGACGAGCUGUGACAGCCACGAGGACUCCCUUCACCUCCUCCGCUCACCUUCCACGCCCCUUCAGCCAGGCCCCAGGGAACAACCCCUUCUCCUUGCUAGCCAUCCAGGGAAGCGAGGCUUACCAAAGGAGUAGCGCUCCAAUGGGCGAUUGUCGGUACUUAACGUGAAUAUAACAGCAUUAAAAUGUACGAUUGGCCAUUUAAAGGUUUUGUUUUUGAGAGGCGUGCAGAGUGAAAAUGAAUAUAUUUGAAAUGCAUUUCCAGUGAAGCAGGGUGUUUGGUGGGUGUGGAGGGGUUUUGAUUGGUGGAAAACUGACCAAAGUGUUGAUUUUUUUUCUAGCAGAUUGAAACAUCAAAAACAUAACUAUUUAAAAUACUCGUGUUCUGGGCUGUCCAACACGACUUUAAAGGCGCUUUUGGGAACGCUGUCAUGGAAACAUCUUAUGAGCAGGUGAUGCUGAAACUACAUCGUUGAAGCACUUGUAAAAGUCACUUAAGUGUUUGUUUGGACGAAUGAGGAUUGAAACUCAUGUUGGAACAGCCCAAUAAGCACACCUUGGCUGCACAGCUGCCACCAAGAGAAGUUGUGGUCAGGUGCAUCAUAGCUCUACAGUGACAUCAAACCUGACACGCUUAAUACGCUCAGAAGUGAUUACCACGAGAGCACCAUGUUGCGCCUGUUAUUUGAUGCAUCACAACCGAAAACUCAAAUUUGCAGUGAACCCAGGAGAAAGCCUUGGUGUGCAGCUAACCACGACCAUCUGUGCUUGGGGUUGUCUUGUGUGAAGAUGCCCAGAUUAUUGGUACAUGUUUUUUCAUGAAGAGCUGCUGUGUUGAUAGCCACCCCCUCCCCCCACAGACAGACCCAUGGAGUGCUCAAGUGUGAGUGGUCAUUCAUUCACACGAAAGAAGUUUGCGACGGGUGCAAUCGUUUUUUAUAAUUGUUUUCUUUGGAAAUUAUAUUUGAUAGUGGUCAGCCAAGUAGAAAGCUGGAACGAGGCUCGUACAAUCUUGAUGAAAGCGUGUUAUAUAUGAACGUGACAGGACAACCGUGUCCUUUGUACAGUAUAUAAAGGCCAAUGACAAAACGUGAAUACUUUAUACGAUCAGCUCUGGAACGCUUAAUACGAUGAUGCACUUUAUUGCGGAGUGCAGUCAUUAACAAAAGAUAAACCUCUACACCUGGUGACACGCACAAGUGAGAGGUUCACUUCGGCGUCUCGGUUUACAACUACGUCCUACCAAGAUCAUAUAUACGGGAUAUAUUUUUUAAGCAUCGCCACUUUCUCUAUGCAAAAAAAUGAUUAAACUUCAAUAACGGCUUGGCAGAUGCACCUUCGUUAUUUUCACCACUGCGGGGGAAAUGUUAAAACGCUUUCAGGGGCCACAAUUCACGGGUCGGCAAAUAUCUCGUUUUGUCUGUUUUUUUUUGGGGAAGAUGCCCAAUGUCUCCGUCAACAAUGGGACCAAGUGCCAUGGCGAAGGGUUUUGGUCACUUUGUUAAGACGUCAAUCUGGCCCUUAAUGAGCCGUUUAAAAACAUGGUUGGCCACUGUGGGGGACGGGCAUGGAGAGGUGAUUGUAUGACGUUUAACGCAGGUGCCACGGCCCAUCCCUUUGUGAGCAGUGGCCUGCAGGAGUGGUGCCUUCUCCGGCAACUUCAUGGCCAAUUCCCACCCCUGAUGAGACUCCUUAUGUAUUACUGUAAAAUAACAAAAAUAAACAGCGUGUUGUAUGUUCAA